CGAUCGACGUUGGCAGAGUUAUCGUACGUCCUUUAAUUUGGAUUCAUUUAUAAAAGCUAACUCGAUUUGGGUCCACUCAGAAGACUGCCGUGCAAUUGCUUGGUCUUGUGCCAAGUGCCAUUGUAGCGGGCACAAAUGUAGACAUAGCUGAAGUCCCCGAGAUGUCAGAUCUCCCAAUUCCGCAGACUCUCGAUAUUGAAUAUGAUCGUUGGAUGAGAAAAUGGAAAUCCGAGACGGACAAACCAGACGCGCUUCAACCUGCCUUACAGGCUUGUGAUCCCAACAUCCUUCUGAACAUCCACCUGUUGUUGCGAAUUGCAUGUACAAUUCCAGUAACAUCAGCUGAUAACGAACGCUCAAACAGCACUUUAAAACUAGUCGAGUGCUGCUUACGGACCACGAUGACAACCGAGAGACUCUCUUGCCUGGCUGUGAUAAGUAUUCAAUAUGAAAAGCCUGUCGAUUACGAUGCUAUAGUUCAGAAAUUUGCCGAACAACAAUCUCGUAGAAUGUUACUCGUUGACCCCAUUUUUGAGGAAUCUUACGCGUGACUUUUUAGAACUCAUUAAAUAGCGAAGACAAAUAUGUUACAGUGAUUUUAGUUUCAUUUUCUAAGAGUCAGUUGAUCUCGAUUAUUGUGAAGACUUGAACGUAGUCCUUGUUUAAUGAAAU